UUGAACUCUAAGAUAAAUAUUAUUGAAGUCAUGUGAUAAAGAGCGGGGCUUUGAGCCUUUAUAAAAUAUUGUAGAAUAUUUCCUCAUAUGGAUUAUUCAUGCAUAAAGACUAUUGACUGUCAGCAAGGCGCAGUCCGAGCAGUCAGGUUUAAUGUUGACGGUUCAUACUGCUUGACGAGUGGUGCGGACCGCAAGGUUAAAUUAUGGAAUCCGCACCGCGGUUUGCUACUUAAAACAUACGGGGGGCACGGUGACGAAGUGCUCGAUGCUCGUGGCUCUAGCGACAGUAGCCAAAUAGUGUCGUGUGGCGCAGACAAGUCCGUUAUCUUGUGGGAUGUGAGCACAGGCCAGCCAAUGCGCAGGUUGAGGGGACACGCGACGCGAGUUACCUGCGUGUGUUUCAACGAACUGUCAACGGUGGCGGUGUCGGGUUCCCAGGACAACACAGUGAUGUUCUGGGACGCGCGCAGCCGCAAGUCCGAACCCAUACAAGUGCUGAAGCACGCUAAGGACAGUGUGACGUCCGUCCAGGUGACGGAUCACGAGGUGCUUGUCGGCUCGUUGGAUUGCCGCCUCCGGAGGUAUGACAUCCGGAGCGGCGAGCUGUUCACAGACUUUGUAGGCGAGCCUGUGAUGUGCGCAAGUUUAACUCGAGAUGGCCAGUGCAUGCUAGCCGGCUGCUCCGAUGGCAAUCUCAGGCUUCUGGACAAGGACACGGGUGAGCUUCUCGGGAGCUACACAGGGCACCAGGUCGGAGACUACCGGGUAGAGAGCUGCGUGGACCAGAGUGACAAGCAUGUAUUGUCAGGAGCAAGUGAUGGGUGUGUGUGGUGUUGGGAUCUCGUGACAGAGUCCGUAGUAAACAAACUUUCUCAUGGUGGGACAGUGGUGGGUACGUUGAGUCCGCACCCCACGAAACCAUUUUUGCUUUCUGCUGCUGGCCUCACUAUAAAACUUUGGGGGAAAGAGCCUUUGGAUGAAGAAGCUAUUUAAUAAUAGUUUUGAACUAUCAAUAGUUAAUAUUACUCUAGAGCAAAAUAAAAUCAUGUUUCAUUUUAUGAAGACAAAA